AUGCCAGCAGAUUCUGCCUGUCGAUUCACAAAGUUCCGCUGGGUCUGCACUUUAAUUGGCAUUGGCUUUUACAUAUUUGACAUUGGGACAGAUCUUUUCCUGUUCGUAACGUAUCUAACCGAUGGACAUUUCUUGUGGAGUGGACUCACAGUGUUAUUUGUAGUUGUUGGAUCUUUGUGCUGCCAGAUAUUCAGCUAUGCUUGGUUUAAGGACGAUGAGGACAUGGACACUUCUAGGACAGAGCAUAACAAACUGAGCAAGAUCCACCUGGUUGGACUCCAUCUGAUUCAGAUGGGUGUCUUUACAAGGUAUUACCAGCUGUUGGUGAGAAGUGCUAAAUCGAUUCGGUCAAAGUUUCCAGAACGAAUCAGUGAGAACCAAGAGCAUUAUGUCCUGUUUGCUAUGGCUGCUGAUCUGAGCAUGCUCCGUCUGUUUGAGACCUUCCUGGAGAGCGUUCCACAGCUGAUCUUACAGCUUUACAUCAUCUUGGGCCGUGGUCACGGCUCCUUUAUACAGUAUAUCAGCAUGGCACUGUCCUUCCUCAACAUAGCCUGGUCUACAGUAGACUAUCGUCGCUGUUUUCGGAGAACUCUGCCGCAUCUUAAGGAGAUGCCCUCGGGUUUUCCAACAGUUGUAUACCUGCUCUACAAAAUCUUCACCAUAACCAUGCGUAUUAUCAGUAUCACUCUCUUCAUUGUGGUAAAUUCUCUCAGUCUUUUGGGACUGGCCUUUAUUUGGCUGCUGGGAACGAUUUGGGCUUGUGUAGUUGACACAAAUUUCUGCGAGUCGACGAAGCUCGAAAUACUUUAUCGUGGAGUCGUCGGGGUCAUUCUUACUUUUACGUUUUUCAAUGUCAAAGGACAGAAUACCAAACUGCCGAUGACUGUUUAUUACGUUCUUUACAUUUUACAAAAUGUCUCUGCUCCUGUAGUGCUUUUUGCCUUUAAUUCAGAAACUGAAUAUUUCUCUGCUGUAACUAUAACCAUAGUAUUACUUAAUAUUCUUGGCCUGGUAUUCCUUGGCUUUUAUUACAGUCUUUUGCAUCCUCGUGACUCGGGACGCAUUGCAGAUGAAUUAGAUGCUUUAGACAAAUCAGAGACAAAGAUCGAAACACGAUAUUACCGCUUUCUACAAAUGUAG